UAAAACAUUUCUAGAAUUAUUAUCUUUCUUACGUUUCUACUAGGUUUAGGAGAUUUGAUCUCUAAACCUCGUAGUUUAACGUUGGAUCAAUCCCGAAGUGAUAUAUGGCUAUCUUAACAAGGUCAAACCAGUGGAUAUGUUUGUUGGUUUUUUCAUUGGUUAUAUUGGUGCAUUCAAUAGGAUCAGUCGCCAGUGUUCCUACAUUUAUUUUAGAGAGUGCUAAAGAUGAAGGAGCUGUUUGUUUGGAUGGGACCCCACCAGCAUAUAAUUGGGAUGCAGGGAAAGAUGAAGGUGUACACAAUUGGGUACUUCACCUUCAAGGAGGCGGGUGGUGCUUGAAUAGUACUCUUUACGAGACACUCGAUUAUAGUGUUCAAAGUUGUAAAAGUCGCGUGUAUGGUUAUCUGGGUUCUUCAGAACACAUGCCGGCCACCGAAGACUUAAUAGGCAUGUUAAGUGGUGACCCUAAAAUAAAUGUUUUCCACAACUGGAAUCGAGUCCUCAUUCGAUAUUGUGAUGGAGGAUCAUUCGCGGGAGAUGUUGAACAACGCGAUCCUGUUACUAAACAUUACUACAGAGGUGCAAGGAUUUUUAAUGCGAUUGUGAAGGAUUUGUUGGCCAAAGGACUGAAAGAUGCUAAAAAUGUACUUCUUUCCGGCGGUUCAGCAGGAGGGUUGGGUUCAAUCAUACAUUGUGAUCGCUUUCGAGCUCUAUUUUCUAAGAAUGUUAGAGUAAAAUGUCAUGCCGAUGGUGCUCUCUUCCUCCGUGUGAAAAAUCCCGAGCAAGCAAAAUUCUUUGCUACUGUUUUUCGCAAUGUAGUUGACCUACAUAAACCUGACAAGGCAUUACCUGUUGAGUGCACUUCAAAAAUGAGUCCAUUUGAGUGCUUUUUUCCAAAAUCUUUGGUGCAAUAUGUUAAAUCUCCGAUUUACUUCCUCAAUUCUGCAUUUGAUUCAUUUCAGAUAAGAAAUACAUUUUCCGAAGAAUUGCACGAGGCCAUUAAGAAUCACACCCUUAAUAAAGAUGAUGUGCCUAUGCUUAAAGAUUUCAGGCAGCAAUUGAUAAGUGUAUUGCCCCCACCAAGUAGUGACAAAGGAUUUGUAAUUACUUCUCUCUUCGGACAUACGUUUACUCGACAGGGCUUGAAGAAACCCAUGUUCGUCGACGAUAAAUCCGAGACAUUUGAGAGCGCACUUAUGGAUUGGUUCUUCGACAAAUGUUCCGUGAAUAAGAUAGACCCAAAAGAGGUGCCAGUAUAUGUAGAACGCUAAAUUGUAGAGAAAUGCUAAAAGCUGAUGUAUUGAAUAUAUGUAUUAUGUUACUCAUCAUUUUACGGCAAUGAAUAAUCAAAAUCUUUAAUUCA